AAAACUCAUUCAUUCGUUCGUUCCGGUAUCAGCUGAGCCGAGUACUGACGUCUGACUGAGUAAAACAGUUUGUUUAUUUACUAAGCUCGCAGUUUGAACAUUCUAGAAUAAUAAAAGUUAAAUAUGUCUUUUUGGCCUACUACGAAACCUUUAUUUGGGGACGAAAUGGUUUUGCGUUCUAUCGAUUGGCUGGAAAACUUUCCAUGGAGAAAUGAAACAACAAUAAAAAAAGAUAAAGAUAAGUACCGUAUUUGUUUACAUGCUAAGGAUUUUUCUCCAGAUGAUAUUACUGUCAAAACAGCGGAUGGAUUUAUUGUUGUGGAAGGCAAGCAUGAAGAGAAAAAGGAUGAAGAUGGUUACAUUUCGAGACAUUUUGUAAGAAGGUACGCAUUACCGGAGGGUUGUCGACCAGAGUCCGUGGAAUCCAGAUUGUCUUCGGAUGGAAUUCUUACGAUCACUGCGCCUAGGAAACCGGUCGUUCGUCGCGACACAAUCAUACCAGUUUCACACGAAGGCAGUGUUAAAUCCAAAUUGUAAAAUCCAGUGAACAUAAUUAUUUUUAGAAACUUUGUGGUUAUGUGAUGUUAGUGUAUGAAAUCAAUUCAUUAAUAUUAUAAUGUAACAGUGUAAUUUGGUGCAUUCAAUUAAUGUAUAGUUUAUAUCAUUAUGUAUAUCGAAUAAGCCUGAACUUAAAGUCUGAGUUCAUUCCUAAGUUUAAUUUUGUGUAAAUACUAAAUAACUAUAUCCGGUUUAAUUGGUUUUACUUCUAAGUCUUAUUGGUAAUAAAUGUAUAUUGUGGCAAUAAACUUGUCUAUAAAAUC